AUGCCCAAGAACUUUCUCGUAAAAAGAGUUGAAUGUGAAGAUUCAGCUAUCGACUGCAUCUCAACAAAAACACAACAACUGCAACAUUUCAACAGAAACAACACUACAACAUCUGCCAUCGUUAACAGCUUUUACAACAACAUUCAACUGAAAAAUUCUGACGGUAUAAAUAUAAACGACCAAAAAGAUAAAUUCUCAUUUUUCAAAAUAAAUUCCCUCCAUCCGACUUUCAAUUUUGAAAAUUUUUCAUCUACAAGAAUCGCUGAUAACAACGUCAGUAACAUAGUUAAAAACACCAACGAUACUAGCAACGUUAGCAACACUAACAACGACACAAACACUACCUUCACCACCAGUAGCAGCAGCAGCGUCCACAACAACAGCAUACGUUUAACUGUAGCAUCACCACAAACUUCAGUCACUCCACCAUUUGGCAUAUCACACUUCUCUCCCGACUCUGGAUAUUGCCACAGUCCAAAAAUGGAAGUGGAUGAAAUCAAAGAGGAAAAAAUGACUGGCUCUUGCGAAGUGACGUCUGCUGAAAAUUUUAAAAACUCUAUGACCGAACUCGAUUCCGAAGAGUCAAACGCCGAUAAAGAAUCAGCCAUUAUACAAUCGACAUUUAAUGAUCUUAGCAAAAUCAAAGAAUGCAACAGUAGUGGCGAUAAGAAUGAAAUUAUUUCGGCUUCUUACGAGUCUUUGCUACGUCACACCCAGUUCCUGGCGGCACUUCGUAAUGUUCCUCUACAGAGGUUUCUACACGAAAACAACAAACUCUUCUCACAGACGACACACAUUCCUCCAUAUUAUCCAUUCUUUUUCCAACCGUCUUCGUUUCCAUUGCUGAAGAACUCUUCGCAUGUUCCGAGCCAGCUCAACCAUCACCAGAACUGCGAGAUCGGGAGUUCAUCUGACAAAAUCAAUCAUUCCAAACCAGAUUCCAGCGUCAAUUCCAUUCUACUCUCCCACAUUCAGAAAAUUAAAAACGACAGAGUGAACGCCGUGCAGAAUCAAAAAUCUGACAGCCCCAUCAAAGAAAAAGAAGUUUUCAGUAAAGAAACGGACAAAGGAGCAAAAAAACGAAAAUAUAACACCGCCAACAAUGGCAGGCAUAAGAAGAAGAAGGCAUCAGUUGAUGAGUUGAAGAUAUCUCCAGUAUCUGGAACGUACAUCAGAGACGUGGACGACGAUGACAAUGACGUGACGCCAGUCUGUAGAGGUGACAUAGAUUCCUGUUUCAAUUACGUCGAAGUUACUCCAGAAGCGAAAGCUGAAUUGGAAAAAAUCGAGAACAAGAUUGGCGAAUAUAUCUGCUGUCUAUGUAAGGAGAAGUAUGACGAUGCAUUCCAGUUAGCGCAGCAUAGAUGCUCGAGGAUCGUUCACGUUGAAUACAAAUGUCCGCAGUGCGACAAGGUUUUCAACUGCCCAGCCAACCUGGCAUCACACAGACGCUGGCACAAACCAUCAGAUGAUGAAAAUUCAUCUGCUAUCAAUAAAGGCAGCAGCAACAACUGCGGAAAUAAAUCAAGCUCUAAAAAAUCAAAAAGUUUGAAAAGUAGCCCACCAGUUUUCAAAUCAGAAAAUGUCAAACCUAAUGAAUUUUUGUUGAAUAAAAUUUCAAAUCAAGAGGCGCUUCGGAAUCAUUUGUACAGAUUUUUCAAUACUAACAACUGCGUAAAUUUUAGUUACCCAUUUGCAUAUAACAACGUGGCGAUGAUGAACGGCACGCACCUAAAGUUGAGUCCCAUUCCUAGCUACAUUCCAUGCCAAGAGACGGCUCUCAACCUCUGUACGACGAAGAAAUGAGUUCAAUCCUCUGUAUGUUUGUUGGAAAAGGAUCAAUCAAAACACAUUUCAGCUUGAACAAAAAUGCAGUCAUAGACUUUAUUUUAAAGACUUGAAAAAAUUAAUAACACAAUUAAUCACGCUAAAAACAAUUUCGUUUUAUAUAGUUUCAAAAAAGUUUGAUUUUAUUAUUUUUUUAUUAAUUUUGGUUAAACUCACGAAAUUGAGAACCCUAUGACGAGUCACUCUAGUCUGAAAUGUAAUAUAUCAACGAGUAAAACUUACUGUUUGUAAAUUCUUUAUGAUUUGUUUUAUCUGUUGUUGUAAAUACACCGAUUUUCAUUCCAAACAAUCUUGUAUGUGCUGUGAAUUUGAUUGAAUUUUUAAAUGUUUUGCUUUGAUUUUAUAAAUAAAAUGAAAAAUAAUGAAG